CAAGUGACACGUGGACUUUCGACAUCAAGCUGGUGACGUGGCCCCUGGCAUAUAAGGAGGGGGCCGGCGGGCCCUCCUGAUUCUGACACUGCGAUGAAGGGACUCGUGCUGCUGGCCGCGCUGCUGGGGGCCGUGAUUGGCCAGGAAACCUUCGGAGGUGAUCAGGUGCUGAGAAUCAACGCCAAAGAUGAAGCUCAGAUCUCUCUGCUCCAGGACCUGAGUGAGGUGGAUCUUCUACAGCUGGACUUCUGGAUGGAUCCGGUGGACCCCUCCCUCCCUGUGGACAUCCACGUUCCCUUCCACAGCCUGCAGGAUGUCAAGGCCUACCUGCUGGUCAACGACAUCCCCUACUCCGUCAUGAUCGAGGACCUGCAGGCCGUUCUGGACGAGGAGAAGCAGCAGAUGCAGGGCGCCCGCACGGCGGUGCCCCGGAACACCGACGCCUACGACUACGCCAACUACCACCCCCUGAACGAGAUCUACAGCUUCAUGGACAUGCUGGUGGCUGAGAACCCCGGUCUGGUGAGCAAGACCACCAUCGGCGCCAGCUACCAGAACCGACCCCUGAACAUCCUCAAGUUCAGCACCGGACCGAACCGGCCGGCCGUGUGGAUCGACACCGGGAUCCACUCCAGAGAGUGGGUCACCCAGGCCAGCGGCACCUGGUUUGCCAAGAAGAUUGUGACCGACUACGGUCGCGACCCCGCCCUCACCGACCUCCUCAACAGGAUGGACAUCUUCCUGGAGAUCGUGACCAACCCUGACGGCUACGAGUACACCCACACCACCAACCGUAUGUGGCGUAAGACCAGGAAGCCCAACCCUGGCACUUCCUGUGUGGGAGUGGACCCCAACAGAAACUGGGACGCGGGUUUCGGAGGUCCCGGGGCCAGUGGCAGCGCCUGCAGCGAGACGUACCGGGGCCCGCGCGCCCACUCCGAGUCCGAGGUCAGCUCCAUCGUGGACUUCGUGCGCGCCCACGGCAACAUCAAGGCCUUCGUGUCCAUCCACAGCUACUCCCAGAUGCUGCUGUACCCCUACGGCUACACCCGCCAGCCCGCCGCAGACCAGGCCGAGCUGCAUGCUCUGGCCGAGCAGGCCAUCACUGAACUGGCCUCUCUGUACGGAACCAGAUACAGAUACGGCAGCAUCAUCAACACCAUCUACCAAGCGAGUGGAGGCACCAUCGACUGGACCUACAAGCAGGGCAUCAAGUACUCCUACACCUUCGAGCUGAGAGACACCGGCCGCUACGGGUUCGUCCUGCCCCCCAAUCAGAUCAUCCCUACCGCCCAGGAGACCUGGCUGGCCCUGAUGGUCAUCAUGGAGCACGCCAAGAACAACAUGUACUGAGCACAGUUUAACUCAGUCUAGAACAACAUGUACUGAGCAGAGUUUAACAGCCUCAGUCUAGACCAACCUGUACUGAGUAGAGUGUAACAGACUCAGUCUAGACUAGAGACACCACCUCUGUAAGAAAUAAAUCUAAUACAAUGACCUUUCCUUCAUCA